AUCUAAAAUUCAAAAUCUGACAUAUACAUGAUGAAUACGAAAGCGGUGGUACUUGUUGCUUUAUUGGCUGCGUUACUGAUACAAGACACCCAAGGCUGGGGCUGGGUGAAAAAAACAGUCAGAACCGUACAUCGUGUGUGGAGAAAAUAUCCCGUUGUCAGAUACGUAGUCAAAAAAACGAUUAAAUCCUGGGAUGGAAUUAAAACUCUAAGAAGUAUGGACGAAGCAGAAUUCAGAAAGGCAAUGUCCAAGAUGGAAAAUGAUUUAUCAGAAGAGCUGAGCGAUGACACAGUUGCAGAUUUCAUGCAAGCAAUUGAAGAAAUUGUCAACUUGUCUGACGGUGAACUUCAACACGUGCUAAAGAUGGAAUCCAAUACACAAGAUGAAGACAGCGCUGACGUAGAAUUAAUGUUGGAUUCUCUGCAACGCCACACAUCACAUUAAUCGAUUCUCCAAUAAAGUAUAAUUCAAUGAUGGCAAAACUGAUUGAAAUCAAUUCUAUCCAAUUGCCACGAUUAUACAACGACGACAUUUUGCUCAUUCAAGGCUUUCUCUAAUUUUCUUUAUUUUUCCAACAAUACCCAGAUAGGAAUAUGUUUCAUAAGAACUUAUACUCAAGACAGUUAAUUUGACGUAUCGCCACACCAUCGCUGUACUGGGGUCAUCUCUCAUGCAAAAUAUAUCGUAAACAUAGAA